GCGUGUACUUCCGGCGAGUACGUUGUCAGAUGUCAUAAGUGCAAUGCCGGCGAUGGGAAAAAUGCGAUUUUGUUUAAUACUUUUACUUCACAUCGUUAUAAUAUGUAAAAGUGCCAACGUAGAUACAAUAUCGAGUGAUGUAAAAUUUAAAAAUGUAGAUCGAACGAUAGAUAUCGCAUCACAACUUGUAAAAAUUACAUCAAAAAUAACCCUGGAGAACAGUGGUAAAUCGCCGGUAAAGAGUUUUUUGCUAGCUGUAGAAGCUUCAGCACAGAGUAAAAUCGCGCACAUUAGUGUUAAAGACGCCAAUAACAAAGAUCUUCGUGUCACAGAAACUACCGUACAAGGGUACAACAAUGUUAAGUUUUGGCGUGUGGAACUAAAAGAAACAAUCAAUGCCGCCUCCACAGCUGCUGUCACGGCAGAAUCUGUGUUUACGAAAGCCUUACAGCCAUACCCAACUGCAAUCGGACAACAAGAAGACCAGCUAGUGAAAUACAAUGGGAACUUGUAUAUCUACACACCUUAUCAAGUUAUGUCACAGAAGUCCAACAUAAUCAUGAAUACAAAGAACAUUGAAUCAUUCACUAAAGUGAAACCAUUCUCACAGCAAGAUGGCGCUAUUCAGUAUGGUCCAUAUUCAAACAUAGAACCAUUCACAGAGAAGGAGUUAAGUGUUCAUUAUAAGAAUAAUUCUCCAUUCCUAACUGUGACUAGAGUGGAAAGGCUCAUUGAAGUUUCUCACUGGGGCAAUAUAGCUGUAGAAGAGAUAAUUGAAGUUGAACAUACUGGAGCUAAGCUCAAAGGUCCUUUCUCUCGGUAUGACUAUCAACAGGACCAUCACAGCGGCCCUGCCAGUGUCCGUUCCUACAAAACUUUACUACCUGCAUCAGCAUCUGAUGUGUACUAUCGCGACACAAAUGGGAACAUUUCUACUUCAAAUAUGAAAGUGAAAAAGGACUCUGUUGAGUUGGACCUAAGACCUAGAUAUCCGCUUUUCGGUGGAUGGAGAACUCAUUACACGCUUGGAUACAAUGUGCCAAGUUAUGAAUACUUGUACCACUCUGGCAAUGAAUAUUUACUGAAGAUGAGAGUUGUAGAUCACAUUUUUGAUGAUAUGCAAGUUGAUGAGUUAGUUACCAAGAUUAUAUUACCGGAAGGUUCUGUGAAUAUAAAAAUUAAUGUUCCAUAUCCAGUGACUAGAUUGCCUGAUAGCCUGCAUUAUACAUAUUUGGAUACCAAAGGGAGACCAGUCAUAACUUUCACUAAGGCCAAUGUUGUUGAAAACCAUAUCCAAGACUUCCAACUGCGCUAUACAUUCCCUCGUUUGCUGAUGUUGCAGGAACCCCUACUUGUUGUUGGUUUCCUUUAUACUUUAUUCUUAUGUGUUAUUAUUUAUGUAAGAUUAGAUUUCUCUAUUCACAAGUCUGAGCAUCAGCAUAAAGAAUAAUUUAAUGUAAUAGUAAUAUAUUGCACAGUAUGAAUGUAAUCAUUUCACAUUUCUGUGUUGUCGCAAAUGAUUAUUUGUAGAAAUAAAUAUCUUUUAUAACAGUA